AUGAUUUUACAUAAUGAUGAUUCAGCUCUGAAAAUAGAUGGGAAGGACUUUAUUAUAGAACAAGAAGCUUUUAUAGAUAGCAGUCAAGAGGUUAUUACACAACUUAAAUCAGAAACACAAAAGUUAGCUUCCAUUUAUAAUAUACCAAACUAUAUAGAUGAUGGUAUCCAAUUUCCAAUUAAUGAUGACAUGUAUAACACACUAAAUUUCAUUAAUUUCUAUAAUGAAAGUGAUCCAGUGUUAAAAAGUAUCACGCAAAAAACAAACGGCCUUUAUUUUACAAUAGAAGAUAGUAGUCAAAAUUAUUCUAGGAGUGCUUAUAUAUCAGAUCAAAAUGGAAUAAUUCUUCAUGAGUAUGAUAACUCUCCAUAUCGAUUUUCUUUAUAUCCUUACUACUAUCGCUUACAUGAUCUGGAAAUUAAAGAAGAAUUAGAAAAAAAAAUUCAAAAUUUAGAAGAAAAACUUAAUAAUGUAAAAAAAACGCCUGGUCCAGAAGGUAAAAUAGGGAAGCAAGGCGAUAAAGGUGAGAAAGGUAACGAUGGUCCUAUGGGUCAUCCAGGUCCUCAAGGCUUUAAUGGUACACGAGGUGAACCUGGUUUUAGAGGUCAAGACGGCCUUAGAGGUGAGAAAGGGAAUCCAGGUGAUAGAGGUAACGAAGGUCCUAGGGGUCAUCCAGGUGAACAAGGUCCUAAAGGCUUUAAUGGUACACAAGGUGAACCUGGUUUUAGAGGUCAAGACGGCCCUAAAGGUGAUCAAGGUAUACAAGGCCCGAAGGGAGAAGAUGGAAUAGAUGCUGAAGCUGCUAAUAAGCUUGUGAGUACAGUAAAUCAAGCAAAAAUUGACAUUAGCAAUAUUCAAAAAACAGUAGCGGCCGAUAAAAAUGCUGCUGAAAAUGCUACUAAAAAAGCUCAAAACUCUGAACUCCAGGUCACAAAACUACAUCAAAAAACAGAAGCUGCCGCACAAAGGGCUGAGAGAUCUAAAAAUGACGCAAUACAAUCACAACGCAACGCAGAUACUUACCGUCAACAAGUACAAAAUAUGUUUUGCAGAAUAAAACCUGAAGAUCCAGUUUGCCCUGCACACAGUGUAACAAGAAGUAAAAGAGCAAUUGAAAAUUUUUACAUUCCAUCAAUGACAAACAAAGCAAGUGGACCAACUUUAUUUAUAUCUCAGGUAAUAACUUUCUUUUCCUCUUUGAUAGGAGAAGAUAAAUACAAAAUAGAAAAUACAAUACAAAAUCUGAACCAAACAGCAAAAAUAGUAGACACUGUAGAUGUUGUGAAAAAAUUUAAAAAGGUAUUAGGAGAAACUGCUUUAACAUGUGGCAUUUCAAGAAAAAGCUUAAAUUUCGAUCCAAUAGAACUACAUUCAUCUAUUAUAGAUAAGUCAUUUAAUGAUGAAAAUCACGAUAAGCUGUUGGAAUUCUUAUGUUUAGCUGCAGAAAAAUCAUGCUCAAAAUGUAAACAAAUUGACAAAUUUUUAGCUGCUUUUGAAAAGAAUAUGCAAAAAACGCUAGUAAGCAAUGAGCAGCAUCAAAAAAGUUUUUCUAAUAUUGAGAAAAAUGAGCAACCAAGAAGUUUCAUGACCGACAUCACUUCUCUAAGAAACAUAGGCAAAAUUGGUCAGGUGGUUGCUGGAUAUUUAAGAUAG